AUGACAGGAGCUCGUGAUUUGACCAGCAAAUCCAGGAGCUCAAGAUAUGUAGGAGAGGGAAUGAAAAGUGGUGGUGGGCCGGGCGAAGCGAAUUUUGUAGGAAAAGGUCACUUCGCGCUUUACCAUUUCGGGAAUAGCUGGCCUUGGCGUGGCUUCCCGAAGCACGCGGUCGGCGGAUGUUCGCGCGCACCCAUUGAAGAUGCAACCGUGAGCAUUAAGGGUGUCCUUCAGCGUGUCAAACCCGGAGAGAUGAAUUUCAUCCUUCUGCUUUUUCUUGUCUUUUUUGCGCCAUUGAUACUUUUUGCUGCUUGGCUAGCAGCCUCGAGUUGCCUCGGGAAUCGUCUGCGCAGCGACCGAGCUUCCGGGCGACAACAGUUCGGUGCAUACGGACGGAGCUAUCUUCGAACCAUGGCCAACUCUGGCCCCGCCUUGUCAGAGCAAAUCGAGCUCGACGACAUGCUGGCCGAACCUGGAACCCAUCGCCAUUUCGAAGAGGAUUACUGA